AUGGCUGCCUCUCCUGUUGCUCUGGCCACCCAAAAGGCGCCCGAGGGUAUCGACCUCUACUCUCGUUUCGCCCUUGCCGGUGCCCUGGGCUGCUCCGUGACGCACGGCGCCUUCACGCCGGUUGACGUGGUCAAGACCAGAAUUCAGCUGGACCCCGCCACCUACAACCGUGGCAUGAUCGGUGGUUUCCGUCAAGUUAUCCAGAACGAGGGCGCCGGCGCUCUCCUGACUGGCUUUGGCCCGACAUUUACUGGCUACUUCAUCCAGGGGGCCUUCAAGUUUGGCGGUUAUGAGUUCUUCAAGAAGCAAUCUAUAGAUCUCCUUGGUAUCGAGAAGGCCCGGCAGAACCGCGCUGCCGUCUACUCCGUGUCUGCAGCCAGCGCUGAAUUCUUUGCGUCUAUCGCUCUUUGCCCUCUGGAGGCUACUCGCAUCCGUCUUGUCUCCACGCCUGGCUUUGCUAACGGUCUGGUUGGUGGUUUUGGCAAGAUUCUUAAGAACGAGGGUGUUGGUGCUUUCUACUCUGGAUUUGGCCCUAUUCUCUUCAAGCAGGUCCCCUACACAGUGACCAAAUUUGUCGCUUUUGAGAAGAUUUCCGAGGCCAUCUUUGCUCAGGUCGACAAGUCCCAGCUGUCCAGUGGAGGCCAGACCGCUGUGAACCUGGGAUCUGGUCUCCUCGCUGGUUUCGCUGCCGCUAUUGUUUCACAACCCGCUGAUACCAUGCUGUCCAAGAUCAACAAGACCAAGGGUCUCCCUGGUGAGAGUACUGUCUCUCGUCUUGUGAAGAUUGCUGGUGAGCUUGGUCUCCGCGGUUCUUUUGCUGGUCUUCCUACGCGUUUGUUCAUGGUUGGUGGUCUUACUGCUGGUCAAUUCGCCAUCUACGGUGACAUUAAGAAAGCUCUUGGUGCCACUAAUGGUGUUGAGAUUGCCAAAUAA